CGAGAGACGCAAACAACUUUUUGCAGCGAGUUGCAGGCACCAGCCCGCCGUGCCUGAACUGUAACCUGAUACGGGAGCGCGACGCUGCAAGGAGAGACGGAGCGAAGAGCGGCGGCGGUGAAGGAGGGGAGGCUACCCUGCCGAGGAACCAACGAGGGGGAUGGUGACCGCCUCCUCCAGCCGCUCCUAGAGACGUCCAAGACACGGGGGAAGCCGGCAAUGGGCAGAAGAGAAGCCGCCUGAGCCUCCGGCGAACUUUUCCCCUCCUUCACGCCGGUCGGUCGGAGCGGAGCAGGCGGAUGGAGGAUGCGCUCUCCCCGGCGGGCUGUCUGAGCAGAAGACGGCGGCGAAGGAAGCGACGGGGACGACGACGACGAUGAAGAAGAAGCUGCCGCCGCCGCCGCCGCAGCAGCAGCAACAGCUGCUCUACAGCGCGGGCUGCCCGGAACCCCGGUCUCAUGUGGCCCCGUCCGCCGUUGGGGGUCCCGGGCAGGGAAUGGGCUGGAGGCGGAGGAGGCCCCUCUCGCUGCUGCCUUUUCUUUCCCUCCGCGACUACGGCUUCUGCAUGGCCGCCCUGCUGCUCUUCUGCCUAGGCUCCCUCUUCUACCAGCUCAACGGGGGCCCUCCUCACUUUCUGCUGGACCUGAGGCACUAUCUGGGAAAUUCCACUUACUUGGAUGACCAUGGGCCCCCACCUCGUAAGGUACUUCCAUUCCCUAGCCAAGUGGUAUACAAUAGGGUUGGAAAGUGUGGGAGUCGAACUGUGGUUUUGCUGUUAAGAAUUCUGUCUGAGAGACAUGGGUUCAACUUGGUUACAUCAGACAUUCAUAAUAAAACCAGACUUACCAAGAAUGAACAGAUGGAGUUGAUUAAAAAUAUAAGCACUGCAGAGCAGCCCUAUUUAUUUACUAGACACGUUCAUUUCCUCAAUUUCUCAAGGUUUGGAGGAGACCAACCUGUAUACAUCAAUAUUAUUAGAGAUCCCAUCAACCGCUUUUUAUCCAACUACUUUUUUCGUCGUUUUGGAGACUGGAGAGGGGAGCAGAACCAUAUGAUCCGCACUCCAAGCAUGAGGCAAGAGGAGAGAUAUUUAGAUAUUAACGUAUGUGUUCUUGAGAACUACCCUGAAUGUUCCAAUCCCAGGUUAUUUUAUAUUAUUCCAUAUUUCUGUGGACAGCAUCCAAGAUGCAGGGAGCCUGGUGAAUGGGCCCUCGAGAGAGCAAAAGUGAAUGUGAAUGAAAAUUUCCUUCUUGUGGGGAUUCUGGAAGAAUUGGAAGAUGUGCUGCUUUUACUAGAAAGAUUUUUACCUCAUUAUUUCAAGGAUGUACUCAGCAUUUACAAAAACCCAGAGCAUAGGAAACUCGGCAAUCUAACUGUGACAGUGAAAAAGACCGUCCCUUCUCCAGAAUCCAUACAGAUCCUGUACCAGCGCAUGAGAUAUGAAUAUGAGUUUUACUACUAUGUCAAAGAACAGUUUCAUCUACUAAAGCGCAAGUUUGGUCUAAGAUCUUCAAGGAGUAACUCUUCUCCUAGGCCACAAUUUGUCAUUCCUUCUCCUCAGGAGACUGAAGAGCCAGUAACAGAAGAUGAGGAGCAAGAUGAUGAAAAGUGGCUGGAAGAUAUCUAUAAAAGGUGAUGCAAGCCAUCGCUUUCUUCUGACUAAUGCUCCCACGUUUUUCAAAAACUCUUAAGAAAAUUCCUUAAUGAAAUGAGUUAAUGCACAGCAGCAUUUAAAAAGAUAUUUUCCUCAUGUUGAACUGAUAGAGUGAGACUUCUUUUUUGAAAGGUUUAUUUGUUUAAAGUUUAUGUUUGUUUUUCUUGGCUCCAUAGAAUCAUAGUAGCUAGGACAUACUUCUAAAUGUGCCAUCUCUUAUUUCAAUCCAAAUAACAUUGUCACUGUAAAAUAUUGCUGUAUGUCAUACCUACUUGCAGAAUGAUGUAGAUCACAUCAUAGCCAUUCACAGUUUUCACAAAACUUGUUCCCUUGUACUAGCAUUUAUGCCAAAUCUCUUUCAGUCUCAUUUGAGCACUUGGAAUUAAUAGCAAAUUAUUGGAGUUUAUUUCAUCACCUGAAUAGGAAAUGAUUGAUAGGAUCCAAUGGUGGCUUACCACAUGUGGUGAGCAACUGGUGGCAGCAGGAUAUAGCACUUCCAGGAGCAAACCCCAAAUGACUGGAAAUGACAGAAGUUUGGGUAAGAGGUUGGUCACACUGCUACUGGGUUGCUCACCAUUCGAUCCUACCAAUGGUGCUCUUGCCUCUGCACCACUGGAAUUGUCGAAGCUCUCUGUAAUAAGGGCAUUAUCAAGAAUACAAGUAACAAUAUGGGGAAAUUAAGUUAAUGAUGUAAUUAGAUAUCUGGGUGCAUCAAAGUACAAUGACAUUUGAAAUUGAUGAAAGCUAGAAAGGACAGUUUUCAUGGAAUUUGGCUUUUUUUUCUUGAAGGUAUUUAAGUUAGCCUAUGGGGAAAGUAUGGGAAAUUAUCUUCUUUAUGUUAAAAUCAGCAAUAAUGUUUAGCAUGUUAUUCCUAGGCUUGUUAUUAUACAGACACCUAAAGGAGGAAAGCAAGAGUAUUCUGGAAACAGAUUGUUCUAUAGUUGAAAGAACGUGUCUGUAAUGUUAUAAACGUAGGAGCUCUUUAUGUGAUUGAUUGGUUCUAAUUGAAGGAUCUUCUGGCUGAAUAUAGAAGCAUCUCACCAAUAUGCCUCAAAUAUUAGAGAUAAGUGAAGAUUAAAACUAAGUAACAAAACUGGGGAUAUAUUCUGUGAUGUGUUCAUUAAAAGAUAAAGAAAAGAUUUCCUACAGUCCCUUCAGAUAUCAUCAACUCCUUCUGUUUCAAAGUGGCAGAUAUCUAAAUCUUCUAUCUAGCCAGGGAAGGUACUCUUCAACUUAAGACCAAGGAUCAAGAAAUCACUCGUGUCUUUAUCACACUCUGUACUGUGUUCUAGCCAGAAUAGUACAGUCAACAUGUAUGAUGGGUGGUAUUAAAUUACUACUCUUGGGAACAAGGAUAGAAUAGGUUUGCUUUAUUUUAUCAGUGGUGCUACUUUUUGUUUUGGUGUUUUAUCUGUCAACACAGUUUUGGCGAAUUCCCUUAUGAAAGCCUAAUGGGCAUCAGCUAAUAUAACCUAUUGUACUCUGUUGUUGUUUUAUUAUACUGCUUCUUACAGGAUUUGAACACACAUAAGGCUCAACGACAGCAUGGAUGAAUUCUCUUGUCACUAGUUACAUCCUAAUUUUGUGGUUCCAAUGCACUACUCUAAAGGAGCAUACUGGGAGCAGGAAAUACAGUUAAUAAUAAUUAACCAAGAUGCUGCAUUGUAUAUUUUAAGUGGUUUCUAUGAAAUUGCAUUUAAAGAGUAAUGAUUAGUUUACACACUGUGGAAUUGUCUUAUUUUGGAAAGCAAAUUAAUACUCACAGUUUGGGUAUCUUUUCUUAAGAUUCCAUUUUUUAUCUAUGUCGCAAGGGUCCUGGGUCAAUUAACAUGUUCACUUUCUCUGCAAUUUCACUGCUGCUUAAAUCUAUUUUUAUCAUUCUGUUUAAUAUUAUUCUUUGCCAUGAAUACUUUGCAAUGUUAAAAGCAACAGCUGUCAGGUGAUUUACUUUCUAGGUUUUAAUGUUGUAUAUUUUUUAUACAAGCAACUUGGCCUCUACUCCCAGAAAGGUACUUCAUAAAUUUAUUUGGCACAUAAGCUUUUAAGAUUCCUAACAACACACCAUUUAUCUGUCAUGAAAUAGAUUUUAUACUUUACUUUAAACAAUUUAGAAGCACAUUUUAAGUUUGUUAAUCUUUUGACUUAUUUAUUGUGACUUUUCAGCACAUUCCAAAUUCUAAGUUACUCAGGAAAGGAGUUCAUUUAAAUGAUUUUAUUUUGGUCUGAUGGUGGUUGUGUGUAUGUGUGUUUUUAAGAAUGAAAAUCACUGUUAUAAAACCUUCAGCCCAUGACAACCUUCUAGAAAGUGCCAUACUUGUUUGUAAAUCUCUGUGAGAGAGAAUAGGUGGGUUCUUGGCAUAUCUGAAAAUAACAGAGCAUAUAUGUACAUUAGGUUAGCUGUAAAUUAAAGCAACCAUUGUUUGAAUUAAAUAUUCCUUAACUUAUUCACUGACUUCUUUGAUAUUAAUGUAUAAAAAACCCAUAUCACUGUUUUAUUUGUAGUCCACUAAUACUUCCAUUUAGAACCUACGCUAUUUUCACAACAUGAAUAUAAUCAUCCAGGUCUCUCUUUUUUUCCUGGAUGUAAAGGCUAAAGGAUUAUCCCCUUUGAAUCACCCUGAAAAAGAGUGUUUUAUAAAGCAUAGUUUACUGGCUGAAGACUAUAACUUCUAAGCAGGUUAUUUUAAGAUGACUAUAUUAUACCUUGAAUUACAUGGAGGCACGAGGCCCAAAGGCUACGCUUUUUUUAUUGUAUGAGAAAUACCAUGAAUAUUUGGAACUACGCUGCACUGUUCUGCACUGCACUACCCUGCCAAUUUGCUUUAUUGCUGUUGUAGAAUAAUUUUUAAUGCUUACUGGUAACAGCUUUGACCCAUGCAUUGCUUUUUUACUAGCUAACAUAGACAUGGGUGUGGUGAUAUUUGAUAUCCAGGCUCAGUGCUCUGUUUAUCCACAGUUCUCAGGCAACUUUUCAAAGUUUAAAAAACAUGAGCAAUAAGUAUUUAAUAGGGCACAACCGCUAAUGUAAAUCAGUUUGCACUGGCGGAGACUUCUCUAGUGCAAUGCCAAUAGUGUUAGCUGGUGCGCCGAUUUCCCUGGGAAAUUGGCAUGGCAGCUAACACUAUUGGUGUUGCACUAGACUAGUUUAUGCUGGUACUAUGUAAUUCUUAUUAGCAAUUGCACCACAUACUGCCCCAUGUGUUUUCAUACUGGAGACACAUACGAAACAAAAUGGUAUAUUUGGCGGGGUGGGUUUAAAGCCACAAAUUCCAAAAUUAGUUUAAUAAAUGGUUCUUUAAUUUAUUUCAGUUUAUUCUGAGGUGAUACGAUUGCAUUGCAGUUAUCUAAAAUGUAUUCACAUCAUUGUGAAACCAUGAAUGUCUUUGUUUCUUAUUAAGGUACAUUUGGAAUAUUUCAGUUUCCAUUCACUUGGUUGUCAUUUGGUCUAUGUGAUGUAUUACAUUCAUUUUGUGAUAUAAUUUGAUAAACCAGGUCAGAAAAUCAAAACUGUACACUUCUAAGUUAUACGGGUUCCAGCUGAUAAAAGUAGUCAAGUCAGACCCCCAACUUUAAAAAUAAAAUAAAAAAGGGAGUAAAGAUGCUCAUUCUUUGCUAAGAGAAUCUACAUUGAAUUGAAGUGUAUAAUCUUGCCUAUUGUUUACCAAAAGUACAUUUGAAAUUAAUUAAAUUCCAUGCAAAUUAAUAAAGGCCUGUAAUUCGCAAUGGUGAA